UCUACCACGUGGUCUUGGUUGUUGCUAGAGAAGUUCAUAAAAAAUUUAGUACUAUAAAAAAGUGAGACUUAUUGGUAUUUCUGGAUCAAAGUAGAAACUCACUCAUAUGGAAACACCAUUGUUGAUUAAAAGCUUUACUUCAGAAAAUGAUUACUUACCUUUGAAAAACUUGAAAGAUGUGAAAUAUGUUUUGUGGAAUGAGACAUUGAAGAUAUGGAAGAUAGCAAUUCCAGUGGCUUUGUCUUUACUUUUUCAGAACCUAAUUGGCUCUUCAAAUUUCAUCUAUGCUGGUCAUAUUGGUGAUAUUCAGCUCUCUUCUUACUCUGUGUAUCAAAGUGUCAUCAUUACUAUCUAUUUCUCUAUCUUGUAUGGUAUGUCAAAUGCACUAGCAACACUAUGUGGCCAAGCUUAUGGUGCAGGAAAAUUUCAAAAUGCUGGUAUUUAUCUUCAAAGGUCAUGGAUAGUACUCUUCACCACUUGUAUACUCCUCUUGCCAAUUCUUCUAUAUGCAACUCCAAUCUUAAAACUUCUUGGUCAAGAAAAAGAGAUAGCCGAUCUUGCCGGAAAAUAUGCUAUUCUACUAAUUCCCUACAUGUUUUCCUUCGCCGUCAAUUUACCCCUCGUGAAGUUUCUUCAAGCACAAAGCAAAGUUAAUGUUAUUAUGUACAUAGCAAUGGUUACAUUACUCAUCCAAAAUGGUCUACUUUACAUCUUCAUCACUGUAUUUGAUUGGGGAGUGAUUGGUUUAGCAAUGGCAAGUAAUAUCUCAGGAUGGAUAUUUUCUAUUGCAUUGGUAAUCUAUGCCAUUGGUUGGUGUAAAGAAGGAUGGAAUGGAUUGUCUUGGAUGGCAUUUAGAGAAUUAUGGGAAUUUACCAAACUUAGUCUUGGUUCAUCUGUAAUGAUCUGUUUAGAACAAUGGUAUACUGCUUGCAUUAUACUUCUUGCUGGUCAUCUUGAUAAUCCUGUGAUUGCUGUUGGUUCCUUUUCGAUUUGCCUUAAUAUUCAGGGUUGGAACAUGAUGCUGCUUCUUGGAGUAAGUUCAGCAGUAAGUGUUCGUGUCUCUAAUACACUUGGCAUGUCACAUCCAAGAGCAGCCAAAUACUCUUUCUUGGUGGCAAUAUCUCAGUCCCUUCUCCUUGGAAUCAUUUUCAUGACUGUUAUUUUCUUAUGCAAAGAAAAAUUUGCCUUCAUCUUUACCAAUAGUGAUGAUAUAAUACAUGCUGCAAGUGAAUUAGCUUACCUUCUUGGUAUGACAAUGGUUAUCAACAGUAUUUCACAAACCAUAUCAGGUGUGGUAAUUGGAUGUGGGUGGCAAGUUAUGGUUGGUUACAUAAAUUUGGCAUGCUAUUAUAUUGUUGGACUCCCUAUUGGAAUUUUCCUUGGUUUCAACCAGCAUUUAGGUGUCAAGGGUCUCUGGGGAGGAACAAUGUGCGGCAAUAUUCUUCAAAUUUUAGUGCUCAUAGUCAUUAUUUAUAAGACCAACUGGACCAAAGAGGUAGAGCAAACGGCUAAUCGCAUGAGAAUUUGGAGCUCUAACAACCUUCAAAACGAUGUGAUUUGAAAUUUUCAGUUGCUGGUCACGUGCUGUGCACAUGCAUAGCCACUUUGGAUACUAGAGUUUAGAGUCACAUUAAAGCUAUGGAACCUCGUCUACUCACUCCAUCUUAAUUCUUCAUUAGUUAUAGAAAAAUAAGAAGGAAGAAAACAAAUUGAAUCUAAAUUAUAUUUAAUUUAACGGAAAUAAAGAAAUAACAUAUUUUUGGGAAAAA